AUGAGCGUUCCGCCGACGGCGAUAACGCUGGCCGCCCUCUCCGAGGCCGUCGAGGCGGCGGUGCGCGAGCGCGUUGCCCAAGCGAUGGCGGCGCCCUCCUGGGCGGCGGAGCUCGCCGCCACACGCGCGGCAAUCGAGGGGCUCGCUGCGGAGGCCUCGGCGGAGGCCGACAGGGCCGCGGCGGAGGCAGCAGCGAAGGCCGAGCGAGACCGCGCCUCUGAGCCGAAAGCCCGGGCGGUGAGGCCGCUGUCGCCGCGCAGAGAUCGGCGCGAGCAGUCGCUCGAGGUGCUCUACUGGCUGGCGGUGCUCAAGGGGAAGGCGCACACGCUGGCCGAGGACACGGUCGUCAACACACCGACACCAUCCCCGCGGGCUAUCUCGUGGUCAAGGCGCAGUGGCUUCAGGCUCGAGCAACGCGAGUGCGAGGGCAAGCUUCGCUCCUACACGCUGCUCGAGGCCGAGACGCUCAUCAUCGUGAAUCACAUGGUGCGGCUGGCGGGCUUGCGCUUCUCGCCCGGGCGGCCCUGCGGACCGCCAGCUGAGGAGCGCGCGCGAGAAGCGCUCUAUAUUGGCCUACAGACGCAUUACUCGCUCGAGGAGGGCGUGCUGCAGUGA